AUGGAGAAAGGCAGACUUCCCCAUUCAUGUUUCAUGCUACUUCUCCUUGUCCUGCUUUCUACCGAUGCUUCAGACCCUGCAGAACGGCAGUAUGUGGUGCUUGUCCCCUCCCUGUUGUACACUGGGACCCCUGAGAAGGGCUGCCUCCUUCUGAGCUACCUGAAUGAGACAGUGACUGUAAGUGCUUCCUUGGAGUCCCUCAGGGGAAACCAGAGCCUCUUCACUGACCUGGUGGUGCAGAAGGACUUAUUCCAUUGCGUCUCCUUCACUCUCCCAAGGAUCUCGUCCUCUUCAGAGGUGGCAUUCCUUACUGUCCAGAUAAAGGGACCAACACAAGACUUUAGGAAGAAGAACACAGUGCUGGUAAAGAAUGCUCAAAGUCUGGUCUUUGUCCAGACAGACAAACCCAUCUAUAAACCAGGACAGACAGUAAAAUUCCGUAUUGUCUCUGUGGAUGAGAAUUUUCACCCCUUGAAUGAACUGAUUCCACUGGUAUACCUUGAGGACCCAAAAAGAAAUCGAGUUGGACAAUGGCAGAGUCUCAGGUUGGAGAGUGGCCUCCAACAGCUGGCCUUUCCCCUCUCGUCUGAGCCCAUUCAGGGUUCUUACAAGGUGGUGGUACAGAAGGAAUUGGGCAAAAGGAUAGAACACCCCUUCACUGUAGAAGAAUUUGUGCUUCCCAAGUUUGAGGUCAAAGUUCAGGUGCCAAAGAUAAUCAGUAUCCUGGAUGAAAAAGUGAACGUAUCAGUAUGUGGGAUAUACACCUACGGGAAACCUGUCCCAGGACUUGCAACUGUAAGCAUGUGCAGAAAAUUAUUUCAUCCCACUUAUUGUCAGAAGCCAGAGUUCUGUGAGAAAUUCACUCAACAGCUCAACAGCAAUGGCUGCAUCACCCAAGAAGUAAAAUCAAAUGUACUCCAGAUUAAAAAUAUGGGUUAUAAAAUGCAACUUAAAGUGGAAGCCAAGAUCAGAAAAGAGGGAACAGACCUAGUAUUUACUGGAAAUGGGACCAGUGAAAUCACAAACAUUGUAACCAGACUCAAGUUUGUGAAAGUGGAUUCACACUUUAGACGAGGAAUCCCCUUCUUUGGACAGGUGCUUCUGGUGGAUGGGAAAGAUGUGCCCAUCCCCAAUAAACUUGUCUUUAUCUCUGCAAAUGAAGCAAAUUAUCUUUACAAUGCAACUACCAAUGACCAGGGUCUUGUUCAGUUUUCAAUCAAUACUACUAAUAUUUUGGCUAACAAAAUUUCUGUCAUGGCCUACCAUACACAACCUGACUUGUGUUUUAACUCUGUAUGGCUACGAGAGGAACACCAGGCAGCUCAGCACAUUGCAAAGCAUGCUUUCUCCUUACAUGGGAAUUAUGUUCACCUGGAACGUGUGGCUGGUACCCUGCCCUGUGGCCAAACUCAGAUUAUCAAGGCAUACUAUAUACUCAAUGGGAAGGCCACUGGGGAGCCAAAGGAGCUCAUUUUUUAUUACCUGAUCAUGACUAAGGGGAACAUCGUCAGAUCAGGGACACAUGCUGUGCCUAUACAGCUAAGAGACACUUUGAAUAUUAUAGAGGUAUAUAAUCUGCUAACUAUGAAGGAUUUUACUGAUUUCCCUGAAAAUAUGGACCAGCAGGAAGAAGAACAAGCAAGUUGUAGCCAUCCUUAUGUCAUUCAUAAAGGAGCCAUCUAUAUACCCUUACCAACUUAUGAUGAAGACGAUAUGUAUCACUUCCUAAAGGGUAUGGGAUUAAAGGUGCUCACCAACUCUAAAAUUCGAAAACCACAGUCAUGUUCAAUGAUCCACCCACCUGUAGGAAGAGAAGGGCAACCAUUGAUGGCAGCAGGUAUAAGAGCAAGUUCAUAUAGUCCUCAAUUUCACUCAUAUAAUAUCAUGUCCGCAAAUAAUAUGCAAAGUCCAGAGCCAAUCUCUGAAACAGUACGGACUUAUUUCCCUGAGACCUGGAUCUGGGAUUUGGUAGUGGUGGACUCCUCAGGAGUGGCUGAAGUGGGAGUAACAGUUCCUGAUACCAUCACGGAGUGGAAGGCAGGGGCCCUCUGCCUGUCCAAUGACACUGGACUUGGUCUCUCUCUUUCCGCCUCCCUCCGAGCCUUCCAGCCCUUCUUUGUGGAGCUCACAAUGCCCUACCGAGGAGAGGCCUUCACACUCAAGGCCACCGUCCUCAACUACCUUCCCAAAUGUAUCCGGGUCAGUGUGGAACUGAAAGCUUCUCCAGCCUUCCUACAAUCCCAAAAUGAGAAGGGAAAAGAAUCCUAUUGCAUCUGUGCAAAUGAGCGGCAAACCCUGUCUUGGACAAUAACUCCUAAAACUCUGGGGAAUGUGAACUUCUCAGUCUGUGCAGAGGCGGUGCAGUCCCCAGAGCUGUGUGGAAAUGAGGUUGCUGAGGUCCCUGAGAUUGGGAGAAAAGAAACAGUCGUCAAAAUCCUGUUGGUGGAGCCUGAAGGUAUUGAACAAGAAAAGACUUUCAACUCUAUGACUUGCACUUCUGGAAAGAGUACUGAAAUAUCUGAGCAGUUAUCCCUGAAGCUCCCACCAAAUGUGGUCAAAGAAUCUGCCAGAGCCUCUUUCUCAGUUUUGGGUGACAUACUAGGUUCUGCUGUGCACAAUAUACAGAAUCUCCUCCAGAUGCCCUAUGGCUGUGGAGAACAAAACAUGGUCCUGUUUGCUCCUAACAUCUAUGUCUUGAACUAUCUGAAUGAAACCCAAAGGUUGACUCCAGAGAUCAAGUCCAAGGCCCUUGGCUAUAUUACCAGUGGUUACCAGAGACAGCUCAACUACAAACACCAAGAUGGUUCCUAUAGCACCUUUGGGGAACAACAUGGAAGGAACCAAGGUAACAGUUGGCCCACGGCCUUUGUACUGAAGACUUUUUCCCAGGCUCGAACCUACAUCUUUAUCGAUGAAGCACACAUCACCCAAGCCCUCAUGUGGCUCUCCCAAAGGCAGAAGGACAAUGGCUGUUUCAGGAGCUCUGGGUCACUCCUCAACAAUGCCAUUAAGGGAGGAGUAGAAGAUGAAAUGACCCUCUCAGCCUACAUUACUAUUGCUCUUCUGGAGAUUCCUCUUCCAGUCACUCACCCUGUUAUUCACAAUGCCCUGUUCUGCCUGGAGACUGCCUGGAACACAGCAAAGGAGGGGACACGUGGGAGCCAUAGCUACACCAAGGCAUUGUGGGCCUAUGCUUUUGCUCUAGUGGGAAACCAGGAUAAGAAGAGAGAAAUACUGAACUCUCUUGAUGAGGAAGCUGUGAAAGAAGAUAACUCAGUCCACUGGGAGCGACCUCAGAAACCCAGGGCACCAGUGGGGCAUUUUUACCAACCCCCGGCUCCCUCAGCUGAGGUGGAAAUGACAUCCUAUGUGCUCCUGGCUUACCUCAUGGCCCAGCCUGCCCCGACCUCAGAGGAGCUGACUUCCGCCUCGCGCACGGUGGAGUGGAUCACAAAGCAACAGAAUUCCCAGGGGGGCUUCUCCUGACUCAGGUCUCACACAGUGGUGGCUCUCCAGGCUUUAACCAGAUAUGGAACAGCCACCUUCACCAGGACUGAGAAAGCUGCCCAGGUGACCAUCCAGAAUUCACAGGCAUUUGUCACAAAUCUCCAAGUGGACGACAGCAACCUCCUGUUGCUGUAUCAGGUCUCAUUGCCAGAGCUGCCUGGGGAAUAUUCCAUAACAGACAGAUGUGUGUAUCUUCAGACAUCCAUGAAAUACAAUAUUCUUCCAGAGAAGGAGGACUCCCCAUUUGCCUUGAAGGUACAGACUGUACCCCAUACUUGUGAUGCACCCAAAGUUCACACCAGCUUCCAGAUCUCACUGAAUGUCAGUUACACAGGGAGCCGUUCUGUCUCCAAUAUGGUGAUUAUUGAUGUGAAGAUGGUGUCUGGUUUUAUCCCCUUGAAACCAACAGUAAAAAUGCUUGAAAAAUCCAGCCAUGUGAGCAGGAGAGAAGUAAGCAAUAACCAUGUCCUCAUUUAUGUGGAACAGGUAACAAAUCAGACACUCAGCUUUUCCUUCAUGGUUCUGCAAGACAUCCCAGUAAGAGACCUCAAGCCAGUGACUAUUAAAGUCUAUGAUUACUAUGAGACAGAUGAGUCGGCCAUUGCUGAGUACAUCGCCCCCUGCAGCGUAGUUAAGAGGUCACACGCCAGGACCACCAUCAUUCCACAUUAA